UGAACAAUUCAGUAUGAUGUUCAUAUUUCCAACGCUUCAGUCGAUGAAGUUCCAACCCUUUUGGUUGCUUCUUCUACUGUUCUUUUUUGCAUUUCCCGAUUCUCAUGCUUUCAAUUCUUCUGGAAUUGCUUCAGAAGCAAAUGCUCUGCUGAAGUGGAAAGCCAGUCUUGACAAGCAGAGUCAAGCUUCUCUCUCUUCAUGGACUGCCAACACUUCUUGCAGUUGGCUUGGAAUUGCAUGUGAUCACUCCAAUCACGUCUCCCAAAUAAAUCUUCCAAAUAUUGGAUUAAGAGGUACUCUUGAAAAUCUCAACUUCUCAAUGCUUACAAACAUUCACACUCUAAAUCUAAGAAACAACUCCUUGAAUGGAAGUAUUCCUCCUCAAAUUGGAGUUCUGUCCAAUCUAGUUGUUCUUGAUUUGUCUGUUAAUAAACUCUUUGGGAUUAUCCCUUCUGAAAUUACACAGUUGAUUAGCCUUCAGAAGUUGAACAUGAGUCGUAAUACUUUCAGUGAGUCCCUUCCCCAAGAAAUAGGGAGAAUGAGGGAGCUGAGAAUGCUUCAUGUUCCUUAUUGCAAUCUCACAGGGACAAUCCCAAUCUCUAUAGAAAAGUUGAACAAUUUAUUGCAUCUAGAUGUAGGAGCCAACAACCUUUCUGGCAGCAUUCCUCAGAGAAUUUGGCACAUGGACCUAAACCAUUUAUCACUUACAAUUAAUAACUUCCAAGGUUCCAUUCCCAAAGAAAUUGUGAAUAUGAGGAACCUGGAGAUCCUAUAUCUUGGGGAAAGUGGCCUUUCUGGCACCAUGCCCCAAGAAAUUGACAUGCUGGGGAAACUAAUACAUCUGAUCAUGAGCAGUUGUAAUCUUACUGGUCACAUUCCUCGUGAAAUUGGUAAGUUGAGCAAUCUAACUAUUCUUAACCUUAAAGGAAACCAAUUGUCAGGUUUUAUUCCUCAUGAAAUUGGAUUUUUGAGAAAACUCAGUGAACUUGAUAUGUCUGGGAAUUUUCUCUCUGGUAAAAUCCCUUCCACAAUUGGAAACUUGAGCAAUCUAAGUUAUCUUUACCUUUAUGGCAACCAAUUAUCUGGCCUUAUCCCGGAUGAAAUAGGAAAUUUGCAUUCCCUUCUAACAAUCCAGUUGCUGGGCAAUAAUCUCUCUGGACCAAUCCCUACUUCCAUAGGUAACCUGGUCAAUUUGGAAUCCGUUUUACUUUAUCAAAACAAACUUUCUGGAUCCAUUCCUUCCACUAUUGGAAAUUUGUCAAAGCUUCACGAAUUGAAUUUAUUUGAAAAUGAUCUCAGUGGCAAGAUUCCAACAGAAAUGAACACGAUUAUUGCUUUGGAAAACUUGCAGCUAGCUGAUAAUAAUUUUGUUGGCCAUUUACCUCACAACAUUUGUGUUGGUGGAAAGUUGGCAAAAUUUUCCGCUAGUAAUAACCAUUUCACUGGCCAUAUUCCAGAGAGUUUGAAGAAUUGCUCUAGCCUUAUACGAGUUAGACUUCAGGAAAAUCAACUAACUGGAAACAUAACAGAUGCUUUUGGUGUACUUCCAAACUUGGUUUACAUCGAAUUGAGUGAAAACAAUUUUUAUGGUCAUCUUUCACCAAAUUGGGGGAAGUUCCGUAGCCUCACAAGCCUCAAGAUCUCUAAUAAUAACUUAUCAGGUGUUAUCCCACCAGAGCUAGGCGGGGCAACCAAAUUACAAGCACUUCAAUUAUCCUCAAAUCAUCUUACAGGAAACAUUGCACGAGAUUUAUGUAAUUUGGUCUUGUUGUAUGAUCUAUCACUCAACAACAAUAAUCUUUCAGGAAAUAUUCCCAUAGAAAUUGUAUCAAUGAAGAAUCUUCAAAAUUUGAGGCUUGGAUCUAAUAAUUUGUCUGGCUCAAUUCCAAACCAACUUGGAAAUUUGUUCAAUUUAUGGAACAUGAAUUUGAGCCUGAAUAAAUUUGAGGGAAAUAUUCCCUUAGAGUUUGGCAAAUUAAUAUCUCUCACAACUCUUGAUCUCAGUGAAAAUUUGUUGAGGGGAACAUUAACACAUGUGCUUGGAGGAUUACAAAAAUUAGAAACAUUGAAUCUCUCUCACAAUAGUCUCUCAGGUGAUCUUUCUAGCUUUGAUGGUAUGAUGAGCUUGACAUCUAUUGAUAUAUCUUACAAUGAUUUUGAGGGUCCACUUCCAAACAUUCCAGUCUUUCGCAAUGCUACAAUGGACGCAGUAAGAAAUAAUAAAGGCUUGUGUGGCAAUGUUAGUGGCUUAAAGCCUUGCCCAACACUAAGUGGGAAAUCACAGAAUCAUACGACAAAGAAAGUCAUAACAAUGGUUCUACCCCUUACUUUGGGCACUCUAAUGCUGGCAUUGUUUGUUUUUGGAGUCUUGUAUUAUUUAUGCAAAACUUCAGUGAAAAUGGAAGAGGAAGCUACCAAUUUACAAACUCCAAACACAUUUGCAAUAUGGAGUUUUGAUGGCAAAAUGGUAUUCGAGAAUAUUGUUGAAGCCACUGAAAAUUUUGACGAAAAGCAUCUCAUUGGAGUUGGAGGACAGGGACAAGUUUACAAAGCAAUGUUACCCUCAGGUCAAGUUGUGGCUGUAAAGAAACUGCAUUCAGUUCCAAAUGAAGAAAAGCUCAAUGUGAAAGCUUUCACAAGUGAGAUCCAAGCUCUGACAGAAAUUCGCCAUCGUAACAUUGUAAAGUUAUAUGGGUUUUGUUCACAUUCCCAGUGGUCAUUUAUGGUGUGUGAAUUCUUGGAGAAGGGCAAUGUCCAGAAUAUUUUGAAGGAUGAUGAAGAAGCAAUUGCAUUUGAUUGGAAUAAGAGAGUGAAUGUUAUCAAAGAUGUAGCAAAUGCUUUAUUCUACAUGCAUUAUGAUUGCUCACCACCAAUUAUUCAUCGUGAUAUAUCAAGUAAAAAUGUCCUUUUGGAUUUGGAAUAUGUGGCACAUGUCUCAGAUUUCGGAACGGCCAAGUUUCUUAAUCCCAAUUCAUCCAAUUGGACCUCAUUUGUAGGAACCUUCGGAUAUGCCGCUCCAGAACUUGCAUACACAAUGGAAGUGAACGAGAAAUGUGACGUGUAUAGUUUUGGAGUGUUGGCAUGGGAAAUACUUCUCGGAAAACACCCUGGUGAUUUUAUAUCUGCCUUAUUAUCAUCUUCAUCCGCUGGUGAUCAUAUGACAUUGAUGGAUAAGUUGGAGCAGCGUCUCCCUCCUCCAACAAAACGUUUAGUUAAAGAGGUGGCAUCAGUUGCGAAGAUGGCACUUGCUUGCAUGACUGAAAGUCCACGAUCUCGCCCUACUAUGAAGGAUGUCGUCAAUGAGCUUGUAAUGUAAAGCUCGUCUUCAAUGGAUGGACUAGACAUCUCAACUCACGUGUGUAAGUAAAGAGUGAAGUUAUUAAACAGCAUUUGGUUUUACUUGCUGUUUUCUAUUUUGUACUGUAUUUUUUUUCUUUUGUUGUAAUCACAAUUAAAUAUUGUUGUUGAUAUGU